CUUUGAAGACUCCUUGACACCGUCCACCGCAACAACAGGAUGGCCUCCAAGCACGUAACGCGACCUCUGUUGAGGCUCGCGACCCCAGCUCAACAAUGUCGUUCCUUCUCCCGUCCUUCGGCGUCGUUGAUCAAGACCUUCCCCGCACAACGAAGAGCUACCUUACGAGCCACGAGACCAGUUUUCGUUGCUGGUCAGAGACGGUCGAUAUCUGCGAGCUUACAACGGAGAUACGCCGAUGUCGAUGAGGCCUUUGAUCCUGCUACAGUGGACCGAGAAUGCGACGAAGUGGACGUGUGCAUUGUUGGUGCUGGCCCCGCAGGCUUGAGUGCUGCCAUUCGAUUAAAACAGCUUGCAAAUGAAGCUGGAAAUGAAGAGUUCAGAGUGGUUGUGCUUGAAAAAGCUGGCGAGGUUGGCGCACAUAUGCUCUCUGGCAAUGUCCUUGAACCACGGGCGAUCAAUGAAUUGAUUCCAGAUUGGCUAGCGGAGGACAAUGAGAACAGAUUCACGGGUGCCACUCCUGCUGGCUCUGACAAGAUGCGAUUCCUGACAAAAUCUGGUGCCAUUCCUAUACCUGCCCCUCCACAGAUGCACAACAAGGGCAAUUACAUUAUAAGUCUGAGUCAGUUCGUCAAGUGGCUGGGCGAAAGAGCUGAAGAGGUGGGUGUGGAAGUAUACCCUGGGUUCUCUGCGGCGGAGAUAUUAUACAAUCACGAGGGUGCUGUCAAAGGCAUCGCCACCAACGAUCAAGGCGUGGGACGCAAUGGCAAGGCCAAAGCCAACUUCGAGCGGGGCAUGGAGUUCCACGCACGAGUUACACUCCUUGCUGAGGGCUGCCACGGUAGUCUGACCAAGAAAGUCUCGAAAAAGUACGAGCUGCGAAGAGACUGCCAGCCUCAGACUUAUGGACUUGGCGUCAAGGAAGUCUGGGAGAUUCAGCCCGAGAAGUUCAAGAAGGGUGAAAUAUCCCAUACAAUGGGAUAUCCCCUGACUAAAGACACGUACGGCGGCGGCUGGAUGUACCACUUUGGCGACAACCUGGUGAGUUUGGGACUGGUCGUUGGGCUCGACUACUCCAACCCGUGGAUCUCACCGUACGGCGAAUUCAAUCGCAUGAAGCUCCAUCCAUUCUACAAAUCCGUGCUUGAAGGUGGCAAGUGUAUCGCGUAUGGUGCCCGCGCCUUGAAUGAGGGGGGCUACCAAUCAAUACCGAAAUGCGCAUUCCCCGGUGGCGCUUUGAUCGGCGACACUGCGGGCUUCCUCAACGUACCCAAGAUCAAGGGCACUCACACUUCGAUGAAGUCCGGCAUGUUGGCUGCUGAAGCCACCUUCGAAGCUCUCACUUCAAGUAAAGGGGACAGCACGGUGUUCUUGUACAGCUACGAAGAUGCGCUACGGUCGAGCUGGAUAUGGCCGGAACUCAAGGCGGUAAGGAACAUGCGCCCGUCAUUCCACACUCCCCUGGGCAUCUAUGGAGGGAUCAUGUAUUCAGGCCUUGAGGCGUACGUGUUUCGCGGGAUGAUGCCCUGGACGCUAAAGCACAAGAAACCUGACUGGGCAAACACCAAACCGGCAGAUGAGAUGCCCAAGAUCGAGUAUCCCAAACCGGAUGGCGAGAUCACGUUUGAUAUCUUGACGAGUGUAUCCAGGACGAAUACCAAUCACGAGGAGGACCAGCCUGUACAUCUGCAGGUUAAGGACUGGGAUGCACAUGCGCAGAUGGAUUAUCCCAAGUACAAAGGUGUGGAAAACAGGUUUUGUCCGGCCGGUGUGUAUGAAUACGUCGAGGACGAGACGAAGGAUUUGGGAGUGCGGUUCCAGAUCAAUGCGCAGAAUUGUAUACAUUGCAAGACGUGUGAUAUCAAGGACCCAAGUCAGGAUAUCAAUUGGCAGACGCCGCAAGGAGGUGAAGGGCCGAGUUAUUCCAUUACCUGAGACCAAAACCAGGAAAAAUGUACGAGUACAGUACUGUGUAGAUUGUGGGAGCAAACGUGCUUGCUGGUGCCAUGACCUAUAUCUGCAGCCUUACAGAGUACCACAGCACCUAUAUUGAUUCUUGACAAGGCUGAAUGACC